AUGUACUGGUCUGUAAUCGGCGCGUUUACUACCGUUGAGUAUGCGGCCGAGUGGCUGGUCAGCUGGUUCCCCUUCUACUGGGAAAUUAAGAUGCUGUUCCUGCUCUUCUUAUCGCUGCCGCAGACUCAGGGAUCCACUUACGUGUACAAGACAUACGUUGAACCGUUGUUCACUGCGAAGGAAACCGACAUAGAUGCUGGCAUCGAGGCUGCCAAAACCAACACCCUUGCCUUCCUCAAGAAGCGCUUUUCCGCCUUAUGGGAACUUCUUUGGAGCAUCCUCAGUAAGACUCCCGCCGUGGAUCAGAAACCCGCAGGUGAACAGAACGGAGUCGCACCCCCCGCGAAUCCACUCGCAUCAGUCGGGGCGCUUUGGAAUACGUUCGGUCCAACUAUCAUGGGAGCACUUCAACGGAGCGCAGGUCAAGCACCGGGAGCAAGCCAAGCAAACGGGCGUUCUGCGGAGCCUGCCGCUGCCGCGGCAAUGCCAGGCACUCCUCCGCGGGCCCCUGCAACUCCAGAAGUAAAAGUUGACGCCCCGUUGGAAACCCGUCCCGCUCGAACUUGAAAGGGGAAGACACACUCCAUUGGUAUAUCCGUAGCGUAAGCGCUACCCAGAUCCUGCCAGUACACACCCG